AUGUCAGGGCGCCAUGGAACAGUGUCCGUGCAGCAUUUCAGGGAAGGUUCCACGGCCCACGGUGCCUUCAGUGUUCACAGGUCUGCUACCAUGGAAGAAGUGUCCUGCAAGCACUCGGAUAAGAAGCAACUUUCCACCGACGACCUCUUGAACGUUACUGAACGUACGAGAUGGCACAUCUACGUAAGGCAGUUACUCAAGGGACCUGAUCAGAUCCUUUUCAGAGAGUCGGCACUUGUAAAGAAAACUUUCUACGGAUACUUUGAUCAACUAGGGAGUUGGUUGGAUACGAUGAUCACCUCAACUGGCAAGGAAAUUAAUCUGCCUGUGAUUACGGACCUCAGCGGUAAACAAAGCUCAGCUUACCUUAUGGAAGGCUCAAUCUGGAAGUUUGUCUUCUUUGGUACUUCAGUAGAGAUCAAGCUGUGUGUGACACUCAGGGCACAUGGCGAGCUGGGUGAAACGCGACACUUCCGGCUACCGACGGCGGGAUCCCGUUCUGGAUCCUCGCACACUGCAGUCAACUGCAGACCUCUCCAUGUCCUGUCAAUCUUCGAGGCAAAGAAGGGAGACGCCGAUGUGACGAACGUGGUUGGUGCAUGCCCGGCGGUGGUGUGGCUCAGCGGGGAAUGGGUAGCCAUUGAAGUCAUGGAAGCAAAGGCAUUGAUCAAUCUUUGGUACUUUCCUGGCCAGCGUGUCGUCUAUCUAUCUGCAUUCUUCCCAAAGUACGUCUUUGACCUUUUUGCAUACUAUGGAUGUUCCAGUUACUUGACAACCCCACCAGUUGAAUGA